AUGAAGCUAUUUGCUGAGCUUCCACCGCGCUGUAUUGUUCUCCUGGAGGACAUCGACACCGCUGGGAUGGGACGAAGAGACGAUGCAGAUGUAGACCAAGAGAGCAGUUCAGGCUCUAGAGUCACCCUAUCUGGUCUUCUUAAUGUUCUUGAUGGUGUGUCAUCACAGGAAGGUCGACUGCUCAUUAUGAAAACCAACCACAUCGAACAUUUGGACGAAGCACUCAUUCGACCUGGCCGCACAGACAAAAAGGUGCAUUUUAAACUUGCCGAUAGGAAAAUGUCCGCCCAACUUUUUCACACUGUCUUCAAGCAGAUGCCCGACCAAAAGCAAUCCAAGAAACAACUCGGCGAUGAGACGAUUGAGAGGCUUGCUGUCGACUUUGCUUCCAAGGUGCCAGAUCAAGUUUUCAGUCCGGCUGAAGUUUUGUCGUUCCUGAUGGAGCAGAAGAACUCGCCUUUCGGGGCUGUUGCUGGUGUUGAAACAUGGGCGGUAAAAGCAAAGGAGGCAGCGAGCCAACUGAAGAGAGAAGGUUCUUGGGUACAAGAAGGACAUUAA